AUGGCUAAGAACAAGCCCAAGAAGCCGAUUACCACCCAGUUCGAUGGAGUGCUGCUCUCCGUUCAUCAAGAUCCUCUGGCCACAGAACCAGGCAUCUCCGCUCUGAGCUCGGGGGCCCAUCGCUGGGCGCGGGGCGUCCCACGGACAGAGACCUUACACACCAAUGUUCGCAUUCUCUUUGAGGCAGUGGUCUACUUUUCAGGUUUCUGGAAGUCAGUGUGUUUCUGGGAUCGACUCGAUGCUACUCUCAAAUUUCACAGAAAGCGUCGGGACAAUGUUGCCUUUCAACGCAUCGUGAACCAAUACUGCGAGGGCCGCAAGGCGUAUCAACGACGCCACCAAGACACUCACCACGGCCAGCUUGCCCCGAGGGGUGCAAAUGCGCCCUCGAGGAUUCUUCACCUGAUCGACCAAGUCAUCAACAUGGAAGCUUUCGGCAACACCCCUCACAUGGAUGCUCAGGCCGCCAGCGCCGCUUGGCAAUCUCGGGCGUCCGCCUGGCCCUCACAUCUGGAUGGCAUGAUGCGCCUCCACCCACAAAACCCGAGCGGCCAGCAGGUCGUGCUGGACAGUGCAGCUGUGAAUCGAGGCAAAGUUCCAGCCCUGAGUGACUUCAGUAGAGCUGCCGCCGGCGUUGCAUCCCCUGGCGGUAACAUCAAAAGCCACCCAGCCCAGCCAAGCUCCGCCUCAGGCUCCCUGGACACGCGCAAGGCCCUCAAUGUUCAUACCAAACCAGGGCCCUCGGAUUUGACGACGAGGUCUGGUGAGGCUCUCGGACAGGUCAAGGAGGACGGAGCUUCUAUCGGCAGUCCACUGACCGAGCAGCGGCGUGGCCAAGUUGAUUGGUCAGGUGUUAGGAGUACGACCUCACUUACCAGAUUCCCUGGCCAGUACUCCCGCGUGCAAUACGCUCGAGCAAGUGGUUUACCCACUCCCCCAAGCUUUGACGUGGAGCACAAAACGAACAAGCCAGACGGCGGUGGCUUUCUCUUCCGUCAACUGCAGCGAGCCCAGCCAAGCAUGAGUGACAAUUAUCAGUCAAGCGACCAAGGGCUAUUGAUGGAGCAUAAUCAAGCCGAGUCAUAUAAAGACCCUCGAGAGACGAACAACUCAAGACACGAUGAGAAAGAUGAUGUAGUGACAAAAAAGUUCAAACAAAAUGAGAUUAUAGACCUCAUAUCCGCCGAUGACGGCUACGACGAAGCAGGAAACACUUCUCACCCUGCUUCAACGAUCCAACGGGCACCCAAGCGUAGCAUUCCAACUUGUCCUGGCACACCUUCGAAAAAGCAGAAGACUAGCGAGCAUCAAGCGUUUGAGCCAUCCGAAGCCACAAGCAAAGGUUUUAGCGUCUCAUCUGGAAAGAAUACUGGGCUCUACGGUGGUAAGAGUGAUGCUCGAUUAGACAGCGCGUCCACUCCAACCAGUCAAGAGGCGCACUGGGAUGCGGCGGCAGGAGAAUCGUCCCACGUCCACAGAACUGACAACAAAGAAGUGCGUGGGAUCACCCAAGCUUUCCGAUACGGUGAAUCGUUGGAUGUCCCUGAACUGAGGUAUACUGGGAAGGAGAUCCAAUGCGGCAGUGAAGCCCUUCACCACGGUAAAGAAAUCGAGCAAUCUUCAAUACGACCCAUAGGAUAUUUCAAUGAAAUGGGUGCGGGUUUGGAUAUUCUUUCCGAAUUGACAAAGUACCAGACAAAAAGCGAAGCUGCUAAGCUGGCUGGUCGAUCAGAAGAACGUUUGAUGCAAGUCGAGUGCAGCCUUCAGCGCAUCGAUAAGCUCGAGGUGCAGCUGCGGGACGUCGUGGCUCAAUUGCAUCGCCCCUGCGCUCAGAAUACUGUCACUUACGACAGGAGACCGCCCGAAGAUCCUUUACCUGUCGGGGGCAAGCACUUGCAGUACCUUGAAAGCCGCGAUGUGAAGCCGUUCCUUGACGGGGUUGUUGAUGAGAUGAACAAGAUAAGAUCUCUCAUCCGGAAUAAGAUCAAGGAGCAGGAGGAAACAGACGACGGAUGGACAAAGAUGAAUUACCUUGGCGACGUCCUCUGGACACUCGAUUCAGCGGUCAGAAAAGCGAAGAAGGGAUUCCACGCACUUGAUGACUUAGCCGUCUGA